UGGAGGGGGCGCUGUGAAUUUCGGUUGCGCACCCGGAAUAGGGCAGCGGUGCGUCCUCGCUUUAAGAGGGAGGCGGGCUGUGAUUGGUGGAGAGCUGGGCCCCACCCACCCCCCCUCAGGGCGGGGACAAGAUGGCGGCGAGCUGGUGGAGGAGGCGGCGGCGCCGCCGGAGAAGGAGAAGCUCCGAUUGAGAGAGAAACAAAACCGGGAAGGUCAAUGGGCGGCCUAGGCAGCCGGCUGGUGUCCGCCGCCCUCCCCUCGGGCGCCUCCAAUUGCCAAUGCGAGUGCGAGCGGAGGAAGCGCAAACGGCGGCGCGGGGAGGAGGAUGGAGACGACGACGACGACGAGAGCGGGAGGCCCGAGGCCUUGGAGGCGGCCGGGCCGCGGAGGAAAAAGUUGAAAAGCACUUCCAAGUAUAUUUACCAAACUCUCUUCCUCGCUGGGGAAAACAGUGACAUCACCAUCUGUGCUCUGGGACAGGAAUGGCAUCUUCACAAGAUUUAUCUCUGUCAGUCUGGCUACUUUUCAAGUAUGUUCAGUGGGUCAUGGAAAGAGUCCAACAUGAGCUACAUCGAACUGGAGAUCCCUGACCAGAACAUCGACACCGAAGCUCUGCAAGUGGCUUUUGGCUCGCUGUACCGAGAUGAUGUCUUAAUUCAUCCCAGUCGCGUGGUGACCAUUCUGGCAGCAGCCUGCAUGCUACAGCUGGACGCUCUGAUUCAGCAGUGUGGAGAAACCAUGAAGGAGACUAUCACUUCCAAGUCAGUCUGUGGCUUCUAUACAGCGGCAGGGACCUACGGCCUGGACUCUGUGAAACAAAGAUGCUUCGAGUGGCUUUUAAACAACCUGAUGACACAUCAGAAUGUGGAGCUGCUGAAGGAUCUCAGGUUGCAGGAAGCACUGCACUGGCAGCAGGAAUGUUGGGGAGCGCUGACAGUACUCUUGUGCUGCAUCUGGAUGUUCCUUCAGCUUGUGCCCUCCUGGAAUGGCCCCUUGAAACAGUUGCUGUCUGAUGCAGACAACUGGCUGUCCAAACGUAGGAAAGACAGCUGCAAUUACAGUAGUUUCCUGGACUCUGAACAAGGACAGAGGUUUGCUGGGGUCUUCAGUCAUCUUCGCCUUCAGUAUGUCAUCAAUGACCUGAUAUCGGCAAAGAUUAUUGAGCGAGAUAUGAUCAUUCCUUCAGGCUGGCUGGUUUCAGUUUACAAGCAACAGUGGUUUACCAUGCUCAGGACUGAACAGGACAACGAUGUAGGUCCAAAGGAAAUCAACAAGGAGCAGUGUGAAGUCUGCAGCAUGCGUUGUGGAAGGAAGUUGGUGAAAGAUGGUGAUUACUGCUGGCGAUGGACUGGUUUCAGCUUUGGCUUUGAUCUGCUGGUGACCUACACAAACCGAUUCAUCAUCUUCAAGAGGAACAGCCUGAGCCAGCCGUGUAAUGGGGCUGUCAGCCUCCUUCCUCGCAGGAAUAUCGCCUUUCGGCUAAGACUGGCAUCUUUUGACAGCAAUGGGAAAGUGAUCUGUAGCCGAUCAACAGGUUACCAGAUCUUGUCACUGGAAAAAGACCAGGAACAGGUGGUGCUGAAUCUGGACAGCAGACUCCUGAUGUUCCCGCUCUACAUCUGCUGCAAUUUCCUUUAUACGUCGGCAGAUCCAAAACCAGAGACUGACGAGCAGCCAGAACAGAGGGAGGACUGACAGAGGGCGUCCCUUCGUAAUCUCUGUGUGAGUGUGUGUGUGUGUGUGAGAGAGAGAGAGGGGAGAGCUGCCCUUCUCCAGGAGCACUGGAACUGACCCGACUGGGGUCAGGACAGCAUUUCCUCCCCAUUCAUUCCUGCUGGUCAGAAGGGGAUAUACAUUAGCAUCAACUAGGUCUUCCUGUUUGCUCUCUGUGCAGGAUUUGUUUGUGAUGCAGUCCUUACUUCAGACGUGGGUUAAUGGAGAAGGGUAUGGAAGCUUCCAGAAGCCACUGAACCAAGCUCUCCUUGUCUCGCAGUCUCCCAAGUUGUGAACCACUCUGGCAUUUUAACCAGCAAUAAUGUUUGUAGGGGACAUGCCCUGGACACCCUUUCUUUAUCAGCUGGAGCUGGCAUUCCCUCCCAGUUUGACCAAUUCCACUUGAUUCAGGGAUUUGUGCACAGGGACCACUCCGAUUCCUGGUCCCAACUAACCAAAGCGAGUUCAGGGACCACUGUGCGAGAAUUCGGCUGAUCACAAGGUCGGGAGAGGGGAAGCCGAACUCUGCAGACACUGCCUGAUGACCCAGCAGCAGAGACAGACACUCAGCUUUAUCCACCCCUCCCCCCACCGUCACCGACUCAGGGGCGUAGAGCGUGGCUCGGACCCCAGGACCACCUCACUUGAAUGGGACACAUCUCACUCUGGUCAAAGUAGAGCUGGGCUCACCUUCCACAUCCAAGUCAGGAGCAGAGAAGGGCCGGAUGAGACACUGUCCUCUCUCAGCACCCCCCAAAGAACAUGUGCGUUUAACUGAAGUGUUGGUGCAUCGUUUUACACAGCAUUGUGUGCCUGGGAGGACUACACCAUUCCGAAGCUCAGCAAUACAGGUCUUAUUUGUACAUGGAGAAAGCUAUCCAUGCAUGACAGCAGUGAGAAAUAUCAGUCGCACUCUGUUCACCUCGCUGUGUUGUAUCAUAGUCGAAUGUGUUCGUCCCUUUUACAGACGCAGCACGGCAUAGUGUGCAGGAAGUGAAGGCGAUGACUGAUGGUGUACCUUCAGUUUGAAGUGUUGAACUCCAACACUUGUAUUGUUUGUGUGUGUAUUGGACUCACGGUAUUCUGCAAUUAUUAAACAGAGUGCACUGUU